AUGCCAAAUUUAAGCCGAAAAGAAGAAUUAGAGCGUAAGAAGGCAAAACUUGCUGCGUUGCGAGAAGAACGACUUCAAAGAGAAGCUAUUAGAAGAAACGAAGAGCACUCGACCACGUUUCCAACUAUUUCUUCGUUGAACAACAUAGAUCCAGAACAAAUAUUGGGAGAUCUUAGUGUUAGAACAGAUGGAAAAGUGACUGCAAAACUGCUGGGAACGGAGUUAUCCAAGUCACUUAGCACACCUACAUUUUCAACAAAAAAGCCGGACCGACGUCCCUUGAAACUAAUAUUAUCUGAAAUUUACGAGUGUUCAAUCGAUCCACAGUAUGAUGAAAAGUAUUCAAAAGAAUCCCAGACGGUCUCGGAAGUACCAAAUGAAUCUCCGUCUUUGGCUACAGACACCUGGCCAGAAACGCCUUCUCUUGUUACCGGACGCAUUUCAAAGGGAUUAGUAAGCCUAGAGUGGGACGAUGAAAUAUUAGCAGGCGAUGAAGACGAUCCACUUACGGAACACGAGGUGCCUCCGAUUCCAAAUCAUCUAGAAGUUGACAAACAUGUUCGGAUACAGGACUUGCCAACACCAGCGCGUGGUCAGCCUAAAGAAUUAACUGGUGAAGAGAAGGAGGAAAUCGAGGCGUCUGAGGGUUUUCUGGAAUUCAUUACUCGGGCCUCGGCGCUUGUGGAGGAUGCUCUGGAAAUGGACGAUCGCGACAUCUUCUUUGAUUACAGCGGAGCCGACGAAGAGGAUGAAGUAGCCAAGGCCCAGCAAAUGUUGAUUGAAGAACGCGUCUUCUUCCACCUCGAUUGGACGCCUCGUCGCACCGUGACGGCUCUUGAUUGGUCCACCGUCCACCCAGAAGCCGUCCUCGCUGCCUAUUCGCAGCCAAUCAGAGAAGAAGAAUUUAUCUUGAGUCCUGUCAGCUCCUUCCCUCCGCCCGAUGGUGUCUGUCUGGUGUGGAAUUUGAAGGCGAAGAAAUGUGAGAGUGUGCUUACCUGCCAGACGCCAAUCACUACGGCCAUCUUUUCGGAUUUCCAUCCUAAUUUGAUUAUCGGCGGGACAUAUGUGGGACAAAUUGUCGUCUGGGACACUAGAGUUAAUCGACAAACUCCGGUUCAGCGAACCUCAUUCGCUGGUGGAUCAGGUCAUUGUGAACCAAUCAGAGAACUUGCUGUCACCGGCAGCCAAACUGCAAAUAACCUGGUCAGUGUGAGCGCGGACGGCCGCCUGUGCGCGUGGAGCCUCGACAUGUUUGCGACACCACUUCAGACGAUGGAAUUGGUCUACAAGCAGGCCAAGUCGGUCGCACCCACAUCUGUUGCUUUCGCGCACGACUUCGACGACGGCUUUCUUGUUGGCGCCCAGGAUGGAUGCGUCUACGGCGGUUGCAGAACUGGGAGUGAUCCAGGUGUAACCGAGCAGUAUGAAGGCCACAGUGCCCCUAUAACGACGAUUACAAUUCCGAAUGCCAACGACCCUCUCAAUGACACCUCCCUCUACCUAACCGCCUCGAUGGACUGCACCGUGAAGCUGUGGUCUAGGGGAAAACCCGAGCCAUUGGUGACUUUCGAUGACCGCAACGAGUACUACCUCGACUCGGAUUGGUCGCCCUACCAUCCGGCGCUAUUUGCAACCGUCGAUCUUGGCGGUCAUUUGGACAUUUGGAAUCUAAAUAUGAAUAGCGAGGUGCCAACAACAUCUACAGUUCUGAGUGAAAAUGCGAUACCGAAUUGUUGUAAAUUUGAGACGAAAGGGUCCCACAUCGCCGUGGGUGACGAUGGCGGUAAAGUGCGGGUUUUUACUAUUAACGAUAAAAUUGCGGCCGCGCGGCCAGAUGAAUGGACAACGUUUGAACGCCAAAUUCAACGUCUCAAACAAGCUGCAAUUGGCGAACAAAAUUCGGACACACUCAUGCGAGGUUUAGUCUAUUCAGACCUCUAA